UCCUUCCCCAGUUGCCGGUUUCUCGAGUUGGACUUGCUCACCAUGGCCGCCCUGCAGGGACCCCUGAUCUGCUCCUUCCUGGGGACUCUGGCCGCCAGCUGCCUCCUUCUCAUGGCCCUGUCUCUGCAGGGAGGGGUGGCUGCACCCCUCAGCUCCCACUGCAGGCUGGACAAAUCCAACUUCCAGCAGCCAUACAUCACCAACCGCACCUUCAUGCUGGCUAAGGAGGCCAGCUUGGCAGAUAAUAACACAGAUGUCCGUCUCAUUGGGGAGAAAUUGUUCCGUGGUGUCAAAAUGGGGGAGCGCUGCUACCUGAUGAAGCAGGUGCUGAACUUCACCAUGGACGAGGUGCUGCUGCCCCAGCCCCACCGGUUCCAGCCCUACAUGCAGGAGGUGGUGCCAUUCCUGGCUAGGCUCAGCACCAGACUGCGCUCCUGUCACCUCGAGGGUGAUGACCAGCAUAUCCAGAGGAAUGUGCAAAAGCUUAAAGACACAGUAAAAAAGCUUGGAGAGAGUGGAGAGAUCAAAGCAAUUGGAGAACUGGACCUGCUGUUCAUGGCUCUGAGAAAUGCCUGUGUUUGACCAGAGCAGAUCUGGAAAUGAACAACUGAUACACCCCCUCCGAAAUGAACAAAUGACACACCAUGCGCCCCCACCCUGCCCCCGCUAGAGGUGACAGUAAGAAGCCCAGAGGACUUUUUACCUGGAGGAAAAUGGGAACCAAACUCUACCAUCGCAGGGGAUCCAAAUAAACCCCUGCUUAGCUUAAAAAGAAAACAGUGUCACUCUUGUUUACGAGACCAGAUGGUAGACUUUCUAAGUAUAAAGAUAUUUAUAACAUUUUAAACAAAACCUAGUGUUUUAUACACGGAAAAAAUUUAUUUUGUAAACAAUUAUCUAUUUCUAUAAAAAAGAUGACUUCCCAUUCCUUUAGAGGGCAAAAACCUCCUCCACUUCAUGCUUCUAUAAUUAAUGCUUUAUAUUUAUAAAUGUAUUUAUUGUUAUAUGUAUGCUCUUUAUUUAUGCCAUUUUAUUUGUAUGGAUUUAUUUAUGGAAACAUUAUUUGAUACUGCUACUUGAGUAUAAUGUUAAUAUUUAUAACAAUAACUAUGGAGCUGUAACAUGUCUAUUUGGCCUCAGUAAAUACUUGG